GGCAAAUCUCAAGAGCCAUCCAAUCACACCUUUAUAACCACUGCCAGCAAAUAACACAGAUCCUUUCCUACGACUCAAACUCGGGACACACACACACCUCUAUCUAUAAGCAGUAACACAAACUGUGUGACAAGAAAUCAGAAAAUUAAAACAGCACAGAGAAUAAUUUGAUAUUUCCAAUGGAUAACUGGUCUUCUUCUUUCACUGUUGAUGAUGAAUUCAAGAAGCUUGUUCUCCGAAUGAACCCCCCAAGGGUUACUGUUGAUAAUACUUCUGACAAGAAAACAACUUUGAUCAAGGUAGAUAGUGCAAAUAAAAGAGGAAGCUUGUUAGAAGUGGUUCAAGUUCUUACUGAUUUGAACCUUAUAAUCAGGAGAGCUUAUAUAUCUUCUGAUGGGGAAUGGUUUAUGGAUGUAUUUCAUGUCACUGAUCAACAUGGAAAUAAGCUCUCUGAAGAUAAUGUUGCCGAACGCAUUCAGCAGUCACUUGGACCGAGGGGCCGCAGCUUCCGUUCUAUGGAAAGAUCUGUAGGUGUUCAAUCUGCAGCAGAACACACAACCAUUGAACUGACGGGGCGAGACAGACCAGGAUUGCUUUCAGAGAUCUUUGCUGUUCUCGCCGACCAUAAAAAUAAUGUUGUAGCAGCAGAAGUAUGGACUCAUAAUUCAAGAAUGGCAUCAGUUGUUUACAUAACUGAUGAAGAAAGCGGAUUAGCAAUAACUGAUCCUGAUAGGCUUGCCAAAAUCAGGAAAUUACUGUUGUAUGUUUUAAAAGGAGAUAGAGAUAGGCGAGGCGCCAAUACAGCAGUUUCCGUUGGCUCCACUCAUACUGAAAGGAGGCUACAUCAAAUGAUGUAUGCUGAUCGUGAUUAUGAUAAAGAUGAUACAGAUUGUGUAUCAGUUGACCAGAGGAAGCCCCUGGUAACCGUAGAAAGUUGUGCAGAUAAAGGCUAUACCGUUGUAAAUUUGAGAUGUGCAGACCGUCCGAAACUGCUCUUUGAUGCAGUGUGCACGUUAACAGAUAUGCAAUAUGUAGUGUAUCAUGCUACCAUCAUUGCUGAAGGACCUGAGGCUUCUCAGGAAUAUUAUAUUAGGCAUAUGGAUGGGUGCCCGGUUAGUUCUGAAGCGGAGAGGCAACGUGUAAUACACUGCUUAGAGGCAGCAGUCAAGAGGAGAACUUCAACGGGAAUAAGACUGGAAUUGUGUGGUGAUGACAGAAUCGGGCUUCUAUCUGAUGUGACUCGCAUAUUUAGGGAGAAUGGUCUUUCUGUUUCCCGAGCUGAGGUCAUGACAAAGGGCUCACAAGCUAUUAACGUGUUUUAUGUGACUGAUGCAUCAGGGGGUCCAGUUAAAACUGAAACGAUUGAGGCAGUGCGAAACGAAAUAGGUAUGACUAUUCUUCGAGUAAGGGACGAUCUCUACUCGAAUUCACCACCACAGCAAACUGCCAGGUUCUCUUUAGGUAACAUAUUUAGAUCAAGGUCAGAGAAAUUUCUCAACAACUUGGGAUUAACAAAGUCAUAUUCAUGAGAAGUUGAUAGAUAGGAAUGGUAGCAUAGAUGUGAUUAGUCAUAGGCUUUGCAGCAAAGCAAAGCAUUAGUUAGUAAACCCCUUGUUGAUCUCGGGCUGUUUCAAUCUUGUAAACAAAUGUACAGCCAUCCUGUGACCUGGGGGCAUUGUAAAUACAAUACAUUUUCGACAAUGUUUACUUGAUCCUCUUUGUUAGACUAGUA